AUGACACUAACUUACCACGCAGGAGGAGACGGAAUAGAUGAUGAUUGCCCCAUCGAACAGGUGCGCCUCACGGUCUUGCCCACGAAUGACCCUUCGCUACCUGCCCUGACAUUCAGGACAUGGGUUCUCGGCGUGGCCUCGUGCGUGAUCCUCUCCUUCACGAACCAAUUCUUUGGUUAUCGGACUAACCAACUCAGCAUUUCGGCGGUUUCAGCACAGAUUGUUACACUUCCCUUGGGACGACUGAUGGCCGCGACGCUACCUUCGAGGCCAAUCCAGGUCCCGUUCACAGAUUGGACGUUCUCGCUAAAUCCAGGACCUUUCAAUUUGAAAGAACAUGUUCUAAUCACCAUCUUUGCCAACUCCGGGUCGAGUGGAGUCUAUGCCGUGCACAUUGUCACCAUUGUUAAGGCUUUCUAUCACAGGAGCAUCAAUAUCAUUGCAGCCUUCAUGCUGUCACAGACUACUCAGAUGCUUGGCUAUGGUUGGGCUGGUUUGUUCAGACAAUACCUGGUGGACUCUCCCUACAUGUGGUGGCCAUCAAACCUUGUACAGGUCUCUCUCUUUAGGGCUUUGCAUGAACAGGAAAAGAGGUCCAAGGGAGGAUUUACGAGGCUCCAAUUUUUCAUAGUGGUUUUCAUAUCAAGCUUUGCUUAUUAUCUGGUGCCAGGAUAUCUUUUCCAAAGAAUCGCUUACCUUUCGGUUGUUUGCUGGAUAUGGACGAAAUCAAUCACUGCGCAACAACUCGGUUCCGGAUACUACGGCCUCGGGCUAGGCGCGUUCACCCUUGACUGGUCCACAUCCACCUCAUUCUUGGGAAGCCCUCUGGCCUACCCGGGCUCUUCCAUUCUCAACAUCCUUGCCGGAUUCUCCUUGAUAGUCUACGUCGCUCUCCCCAUCCUUUAUUGGUCCAAUGUGUACGACGCCAAACGGUUCCCCAUAAUAUCUUCCAACACUUUUGACUCGUCUGGCCAAACUUACAACAUUAGUCGGAUUCUCAAUGCCGAGACUUUUGACAUAGAUAUGGAGGCCUACAAUGGUUAUAGCAAACUUUACCUCAGCGUCUUCUUUGCCAUCGUUUAUGGGCUGAGUUUUGCAGCUUUGGCCUCUACCCUUUCGCAUGUCGCCCUUUUCCAUGGAAAAACAAUCUGGCAAAUGUGGAAGAAAACGGCGGGAGGCGGUCACCUCAGAGACGUGCACACAAGGCUAAUGAAGCAGAACUAUGAAGCAGUACCUCAGUGGUGGUUUCACACUAUCUUGAUCAUAGUGUUUGGACUUGCUCUGUGGGUUUGUGAAGGUUUCGGCAAAAAGCUCCAACUGCCUUGGUGGGGACUCCUUCUAGCGUGUGGGAUUGCGCUGUUGUUCACAUUACCAAUUGGGAUCAUCACAGCCACGACAAACAUUUCGCCAGGGCUAAAUGUGAUCACGGAGUUGGUCAUAGGAUUUAUGUAUCCAGGGAAGCCUCUCGCCAACGUAGCCUUCAAGACGUACGGCUACAUCAGCAUGGUCCAAGCACUUGCAUUUCUGGGAGACUUCAAAUUAGGUCACUACAUGAAGAUCCCUCCGAAGUCGAUGUUCCUCGUUCAGUUGAUUGGGACGAUCCUCGCUUCGAGCGUCUAUUUCGGCACCGCGUGGUGGUUAGUCACCAGCAUUGACCACAUAUGCGACCCGUCCCAGCUACCCGAUGGAAGCCCAUGGACAUGCCCAGGCGACCAUGUCUUCUACAGCGCCUCAAUCAUCUGGGGAGUCGUCGGCCCGCUCAGGAUGUUUGGAAAGUUAGGGGUCUAUUCCCAGAUGAACUGGUUCUUCCUCAUUGGAUUGCUUGUCCCUGUGCCGGUCUGGUACCUGUUGCGGAGAUUCCCCGACAAAAAGUGGAUUCAGCACAUUAACAUGCCAAUCAUCAUAGGAAGCACACAGGGCAUGCCGCCAGGCAGGGUCUUGAACUACACGACUUGGGGUGUGGUCGGGAUCUUCUUCAACUUUUACGUUUACAAGAGGUUCAAGGGUUGGUGGUCCCGGUACAACUAUGUCUUAUCGGCCGCUCUGGAUGCCGGAGUCGCCUUCAUGGCAGUGAUCCUCUAUUUCGCCUUUCAAUCAAUACAAGUCCUCGGUCCACAAUGGUGGGGACUUGCGGAUGAUGAUCAGUGCACAUUGGCUGGUUGUCCUACAGCCCCAGGUGUCAAGGUUGAGGGUUGUCCAGUUAUUGGUUAGGAGUUUGCG